CAGCCUCCAUGGCCAAAAGUUUGAAACUCUCUUUCGGGGUCUCUUUCGACAGCUGCAGAGUCAAGUAUUGCAGUGCGUUAUGAUCUAAUGAUGCACUGUAACCAAGAAGAUGCGUCAGUACCUACAAAGUAUUGUAGCAAAGUUACACCUGAUGAAUGUAUGGCUGCAUAGAAGACUACUCGGUAUGAACAAGGCUGCCACCCUCGAUGAUGUAGAAGUUCUCUACAAGAGCAAUAACUACAUCGUUGUGAACAAACACUACGAUGUCAAGAUCAAUAGUAACGACCCUCAGGAUGAGAUAACGCUGGCCACUCAACUUGCUCAUCGGUUUCCAGAGCUUGUGGAUGCAAGCAUUUGUCACCAAUUUAGGUUUGUUCACCGAUUGGAUUAUUCUACCAGUGGCACUAUUUGUGUUGCAUUAAACAAAAGAGCAUCUGCCAAUGUCACGAAACAGUUCAAGAAACGUGAGGUCAACAAAUGCUACUAUGCUCUGGUCAGAGGUCAUGUACAACCAGACUUCUUGUUGAUAGACAAGCCGGUAUAUCCCAACCCAGCAGAGGGAUUCACCCACAUGAUGUGUGUUGCGGACAAUGACCUCCCCCGAGGUCAAUCUGAGGUCAAGAUCUUGUCAGCCAUGACUGAAUUGUCUGUCAUACAGAGAGGGAUGUAUGAUGGCAGUCCUGCAAGUAAAGUACUCCUGAAACCAGUCACAGGACGAAGGCAUCAACUGCGUGUGCACUGCUGGAGUAUCGGACACCCAGUCGUUGGGGACUUCACGUACAGCUUCCGUAAGGACGUCAAACCUUACCGCAUGAUGUUGCACUCCCAGAGACUAACCAUACCAACCAAGGCAGAAGUGGUCGAUGUAACUGCUGCUGAUCCCUUCACUCCAGAAAGGGACCCAAAAUGGUGCCCUGAAGCACCAUCUCAAGAGGUGUCUUUAAGACAAGAUAAAGAGAUAUCAAAUGAGAGAACUUUGGAGAUGAAUAGGGAUUCAGACGAACACUCAGAAAUGGAUAAAUUAGCCAGGUGACAACAAAUUUGCAGUCUUCAAAUGUUUAUAUAAAACAGGCAUGAUAUUUUUUCUACUUAAGUCUGACUUCCAUUUUUUUCUCCUUGGAAAAUGUAGGGAAAAAAUGGGAUUAAAUGGCCUAUUAGAGCCUACACCAUGCGUAUAUGUAGGUUAGCCCUUGUACUCAAUAAAAAGGUUCCUACUUUUUCCCUAGGAACAAAUAUCAUGCUUGAUAAAAAUAUGUUGGCAGGCGUACUGUAAUGUUAUGGAUGUUGGACUUGGUUGUUAGAAAGGAAAAGAUUUGUACACCCUUGGGAGUAGAGGGUUAAAAACUAAAUUUAUUUUGAAUGGUUCAGCUUGUUUUACCUCAACAGUUGUAAUAAACACAUCAUUGUUGUGUUGUGUUUGCUUAAUCAGAGUCAGAAAUAAAGAAAUUGAUAUAAAUAAACCACCAA